GCGGUGAUGACGUCAGGCUCAGCGCGAUGGCGGUGGUGGUCCCGGCUCUGCGGUGCUCGCUGUUGCAGCGCCGGCCCCUCCGCUGCGGGCCGGGUCCGCGGGCUGUGGCCGGCGCGGGCGCUGCCCUCAGGCCGUGCAGCACGCGGGGGGCGCCCGGCGGCAUCAACAAGCCCGUCAUAGACCGCAUCAUCCGCGUGGACCAUGCCGGGGAGUUCGGCGCGAACCGCAUCUAUGCGGGGCAAAUGGCCGUGCUGGGCAGGUCCAGCGUGGGACCCGUCAUCCAGCACAUGUGGAAUCAAGAAAAAGACCACCUGAAAAAGUUCAAUGAGCUCAUGGUUGCAUACAGAGUUCGACCCACUGUUUUAUUGCCUUUCUGGAACGUAGCAGGUUUUGUUUUAGGGGCUGGAAGUGCUUUGCUUGGAAAGAAGGGUGCAAUGGCUUGCACAGUGGCUGUGGAAGAGAGUAUAUCAGAGCACUACAACAACCAGAUCAGAACUCUCAUAGAAGAGGAUCCAGAAAAGUACAAAGAGCUAUUGCAGGUCAUAAAGCAGUUCCGGGAUGAAGAGCAGGAGCACCACGACAUUGGGCUUGAGCACGAUGCUGAAGCUACACCAGCUUACUCUGUUUUGAAGACAGUCAUACAACUUGGAUGCAAAGCUGCAAUAUUUUUAUCAGAAAGAAUUUAGUUAUAUUUUUCAUAAUAGUUAUGGCAAUAAACUGUGACACAAAAGCAUAUGGAAAUUGUGGAAGACUCAGCUAUUUUAUUUAGCCUUCUAAAUUUUUCUGCCUCAAGCACUUGGUUCAGCCAUCCUUUGUCACAUUGAGUCUCCAUUUAAAAAGUACCUAUAUUAAAGUCACUUGAGCUAAAUGUGGAUAAAGGUGGCAAAAUUGAGUCUGUGUGAACUGAACCUCCCUAUUCAGAGACUGUUCACAAGGUGGCAGCACAGCAUGUAUGUACAUGGUUUAUACAUACAGUUUAUUAGUGUAUGGAUGCACACACAAAAAUAACAAUUACAAUCUCUGUUGCCUUCAAAUUUAUGUGUACUUGAAGUAAGCUGGAACAGCUCAUUUUAAAAUAUUUAAUACAACCAAGAAGAAUAUUUUUUCUGUUUCCAGGGUGAGUGAAGUAAUAGUAAAUAUUUAUUUUCAGUCCAUCUUGAAUAAAAAUUGGUAUUAUAAGACCA